GUGUUUGUGCAUGUGUGUGUGUGUGUUUGCAUCGGGUGGGAGGGAGACGGACCACCUCUACGUCUUUAAAACAAGUUGUCCUAUUUGGACCUCUCAUGUCGUACUUCACAAGCAGAGAGGAAAUUAUUAUCACUGUCCGAAGGUAUGUGUCACACUAUUUUGUUUUUAAGGAACGAAACUUGAACGGUGUAGCCUGAUUAAAUUAAAUCGUGCCUUGCAAAUAAAAGAAAUGACAUCAUCUUCCUUCAUAUUUUAGAUCAAGUAAUCAUUAUGGAUUUAUGGCCUAAGAAUCAAGAGCUUCUGCCUCAGUACACCAGAUUUGAUACAGUUCGUGGCAGAAUUUAUACAUAUGACCAUCAUGGCAGACAUCAGGCAACACAUUAUAACCCAGCUAACCACGAAGAGCAGUGGAAUCAUGCAAGAGAGUCCAGCUACUGGACGUUACCUCGAUCAAAAACAAGAGGAACGCUACUGGAUCACACCAACUGGACUGAGUCACGGGUGUGUGCCUCUACUUCUGCCCAGCACUGUUUUUCGGGGGCUCUGCGUUCUCAGCAGAACAUGGGAGACGACGGCUCUCGUGACGCCCGAGAAUGGACAACAGCUGGACAGGUGGUUGGAGUACACGAGAGAGACCACAUGAGAGAGGGAUGGCAAAGGAGGUGGGAGCCCGCGAAUCUUGUACGUUACAGGGAGUCAUCUAAGAGGGACAGCAGUAGCUACAGAGAGCUGGAAGCCUGGGCUGCCCGUUACAGCCAUUCCCUUCCAAGGAGGAGGCGGAUAGAGGCGGAGCUGAGGGGGGCCUCGCAUGGACUGCUGGAGAACAGAAGAACCGGGAUUGAGUCUUGCAUGGCAGCGCCGCAGCAAAUCGGACAAUGUGCAAACACGAGAGAUGAUCCGGGACAGUGGGAGAGAGCGGUCAAGCAACAAAUUUAUAGUCCACCGCAAGCCCCUGAUGCGAGCCACGUGAUGGACAUGAAGGGAAGGAUCCAAAGGAGAAUGUUUGGUCAGCCCCCUGGUUACAUCGCACCUCCUCCAUACAACAGCCCACAUAAAGGUUCACUCGUGGUGCCCCAACACUGGGACCGGGUUGAGAAGACACAAGAGAAACCAGACAGGAAACAGACAACAUCCCCCGAGUUUGAAGGACAUGCCUCCCAGGGAAAUCCGGCGCUCCACAAUGUCAAUAUUCCACAGAAGGUUUUGACGUGUCCACAAAUCUCCAAAGAAGUUAAGACGACCACGCUUAUCCAGGAAUCGUCAUCCAAAGUGAUCGAAGGGCGCAAAUUCAGACUAAGCAAGAAGACAGGUGGGAUGACUAUCUUCUGUUUAGUGUCUCGCAUAGCAGGCCCUACAGAACACGCAUCCUCGACACCUUGUGAACAAGCAAACACCCCAAACAAAGAGCCGGAAAAAUGUUCACCCAGCAGUAGUGGAACUAUCCAAACUUCUAAGGUGGCAGAUGAAGUAGACUACAAGGCACUCGCACAGAUGUCUGUCCUGACCUUUGAGAACAGAGAUCUCAAAUCCAGAAAGAUGACACAGAGCUGCCUCAACCCUGGCCUGCCACAGGAAGUACUACCAAAGCCCGACAAGACAGAGGGGUGCCCAUUCAACGAGAACAUAAAUGAUACCGAGCGUGCCGUUGAGAGACGAGCCACUCCGUCGGUAUCGCCUGCGUCUGCCAAAUAUCCCUUGUGGAGGGAGCCAAGUUUCACGAGAAGGACUCUUUCUCGGAGUCCUCUUGGCAUGGAAGUAAGACGACUCGACAUCAAGCAACGCCCCGAAACAGAGGAGGGGCAAGAUCUCCUUGUGAUUGACACAACGUGCGUUGUCGUCAAAAUGGAACUCAUUAAAUCUCCCAAGAAGGAACACGUUCACUUCUUGGGAUCCAAAACGAAAACAGAGCAGAGUCCAGAACAUCGUCCCCCCUCCUCCAACCAAUCCUGCAGUCUUCUUAGCUCAGACUUGCAUUCAGAUGAAUUAAACUUCCAAAGACCAAAAAAUAGCCUGAACCCAGACCUUGCAGAGACGACAACUCUUGAGUGUGAGAGUGAAAAUACCGCGAGAGAAUCUUUGGAGAAACGAGCUGAAAGAAUCCUUGGUAUCCACCUUCAUGCAACGUCGUCUCCUGACAUACCCGUGACAGAUGCAGACAAGGGAUCAGAUUCACUAGAAGUGAACAAAGAUGAAACGACCGCCAAGGAGGAACAGUCACAGAACCAGCAAGACACGAGUCGGGAAAGGAGGUCUGUUGCUGAAGAUACAGAUGCGAGUGUUGAUUGUGAUAACUUUUCAGGAUCCCAGCAGCAGGUGUCCAAUGUGUUGCAAGAAAACGGGACUAACAGCCAAUCAGAAACCGACAAUAUGGAUCAGGUUGACAUGAUGGAGGUUCCUCCAGGUGGGUCCACUCCAGAAGCAGCCACCCCUGAGCAGAGUGACAUGAACAACGAUGUCACUCAAUCUCCCGGCCUUUUUAAUCCUCUCUUACUUGCAAAAGAUGCCCAAGAGUCCCACUUGAAUCUUGAGUCGUCACUUUUAGCUAUGCAGUCACUCCCUUGUUUCUCCGAGUCAGAGAUUGAGGAAGCUCCAGAUGCUGACUCAGCAAUGCCCGAUCCAAUAGUGGAUUGCACACUUCAACCGGGAACAAUAUCGUUGCUGAAUGUACCAACUCUCAUUCCCUUCGCUGACCCUUCCACUCUGCCUUCUGAUGUGAUAACUUCCACGGCGAUGCCUGAUAUUGAGGUUUGUGAGGAAGCCGAAAAGGGACAAUCAUCACAGCAUGGUGAGCUCAGCAAUGUCCUUCAGGAAUCUCCCGAUGAGGGGACAAAUGAAUUAGUGGCGCAUCAUCAGGUAGGAUCCUCCACCGCCAAUAAAGAUGCCAUUGAUAUUGCUCUGGAACUUCUAGACCUGAAUCCCGGAAUAUUCCAAGAGAAGCCCGAAGAGUUCAACACUGAUCAACUCAUUUGCAUUCCAACUGAAGAAGAGAACAAGACCGAUGGUCCAGAUGAGGAUUCAGAGAACGUGACCCCGAGUGAAAGUAAAGAGGAGGAGGGCAAAUUUUUUGACUUCCAAGCAGUAGACGAUGUCAAGGUGAAAGAGACUAACACGAAGGCGGCUGAGGACAACAAGGAUUUGACAGGUGUCGAGGAACAGACAGCUGAGUGUCAGUGUGACAUUUCCCCAAGUAUAAAAUCAUCUCCUCUUUUACCUUCAACCACAAACCACGAGGCUCAACCCCAAAGUUCCCCUCCACCACAAGAGUCAAGUGAAGAGUUUGCCCUUCAUUCAGGAACUGAAUCAGCCUGCCCUUCACCUCAAAACCAUGAUUCCGCUGUUGGACUUCCUGAAACGCUCUCUGAUCUUCUGCUGGACUACACCCCUUCUCCUGACAAUUCUGCGCCGCUUUCACCUGCUACUCCACCACCACCUCCUCCUCCUCCUGAGGAAAGUGGAAGUGACGCCCUAGAUAUGCCCGAGGGAGCCGAGUUUCAGUUUCCUAACUCCCUGUGGGAUGCAGUGAAUCGCAUCAGGAAGCAUACAGCGCCUGACUCCGAGAACGAAGAAGAGGAAACGUUGGAGUUUUGGGAUCCUGAGAGUGUAGGUGUUGAUUUCGAACAGGGAGUCUUUGAGGAGCUCAGGGUGUUCGAGGGCAACGAGGUUGCACAAAUGCUCCCGCGGCCAUGGCGCGAGGACGACACGCUGUCUUGUAGUAGCGCCAGCAGCCAUGACUCUGGGGACACGGUCAUUAUAGCAGAUGAGGACGAGAUGGAUGAAACAGAGGAGGAGGGUGGGAGAUGUCACCUGGUUGAAAAGGAACAAAAUAUUGCCGGUGGACAAGAGGGAGAAGGCGAUGGAGAUGAGAGAACAUGUGACCAGGGUGAGGAGUACCAAACCGCGGUUGAGGAUGGGACGACAAAGGACGAGGAAAUUGUGUAG